GCAGAAGGCUGACGUGUAAGCCUCUGAGAAGGCCAUGAAAGCAGGUGUCUCCCUCCCUAAGGCCAAGGCCUUCUUCUUCUUCUCUGUAAGACUGUCCUCCUUUUUGCUUUUUUCUUCCAGAACACUCUGGAUCAUCUGGACACGGCCAUUCCGAAAGUUGGGACGUGCUUUUUAACCGGAGGAACGAGAAUGGACAAGUGGGUGUUCGUUGCUAGCAGCUGAAUUUGCAGGACUCGAUGGAAAGGAAGUAGCUUUGCCUGUUCCGAUCAGCAACUUUUGCAGUCUCUCUUUGGGUUUUGACUGUGUCCCUGGGGCUGUGGUUGCUGCCUUUGGGAUGAGCAGAGCUGUGCUUAUAGCUGUGGUUGCUGCUUUUGGGAACUUGCUUCAAGGAUGGGACAACGCCACCAUCGCUGGGGCCAUAUUGUACAUAAAGAGGGAGUUCCAUCUGGAGAGUGAACCCGCCGUGGAAGGGCUAAUUGUGGCCAUAUCGCUUCUCGGAGCCAUUUUAGUCACAACAUGUUCUGGAGCCAUGGCUGACUGCAUAGGCCGCCGGCCUAUGCUGAUAAUGUCGUCCCACUUUUAUUUGAUUAGCGGUCUCCUGAUGUUCUGGUCUCCCAAUCUUUACGCGCUGCUCUUGGCAAGAUUUGUAGGAGGGUUUGGAGUAGGUUUGACUGUCACUCUGGUUCCACUCUACGUUUCGGAGCUGGCCCCACCCGAGAUAAGGGGUCUGCUGAAUACCCUCCCCCAGUUCUCGGGCUCCUGCGGGAUGUUUGUGUCGUAUAGCUUGGUCUUUGGUUUGUCAUUGAUGCAUUCACCGAGUUGGAGAUUGAUGCUUGGAGUUCUUUCUAUUCCAUCCCUUGUUUAUGUUGUGUUGGCGAUACUUUUAUUGCCCGAGUCUCCACGGUGGCUUGUGAGCAAAGGGCGAGUGCUUGAGGCCAAGAAAGUUUUACAGAUGAUACGUGGUACAGAAGAUGUUUCUGGUGAGAUGGCUCUGUUGAUGGAAGGAAUAGGGGUCGGAUGUGAUGUCUCUAUUGAGGAAUACUUAAUUAGGCCUGCCAAUGAUCUUAAUGAUGACCCAGAUUUGUCUAGUGAGGAAGAUCAAAUCAUGAUAUGUAAACCAGAGAAAGGUAUCUCAUGGGUUGCCAGACCAGUCACUGGUCAGAACACCCUCGCCCUUGCAUCUUUGUGGGGAAGCCAAACCGUGCGUUUUGUGGAUCCCGUUGUUAACCUCUUUGGUAGAGUCCAUGCGAAACUAAUGGAGAUGGGAAGCAUGCGAAGCACACUAUUUCCGCACUUAGGAAGCCUGUUCAAUGUGGGAGGGCAGCAGCAGGUGAAUGGAGAGGAUGAGGAGGUGGUUAUUGGCAUGGAGGGUGAUGAGUACCCAUCGGAUGCUGCAAGUGGUGAUUCCAAUGAUAAUUUACAGAGCCCGUUGAUUUCGCGUCAGGCAACUAGUACGGAGAAGGAAUGGGUCCCACCAGCUCAGGGCACCACUAUUAGCAUCGGACAGGGUGGUUUGACGCAAGGGAGUGGACGACCGGUCAUUGGCCCCGAGUGGCAGCUAGCAUGGAAAUGGCCCAAGAGAGAGGACGAAAGUAGAAAGAAGGAGGGAUUUCAGAGGAUUUAUUUGCGUGAAUGGGGUGUUGUGGGCUCACGUGAGUCUAUUGUUUCUCUUCCUGGCAUGGACCAGCCUGCAGAUGGGGGCCUAGUCCAGGCACUUGGGCUGGUCGGCCAACCAGCUCUCUUCACUGAAGAGUUGCUGCCACUCCAUCCAUUGGGUCCAGCAAUGCUUCAUCCAUCAGAGAUUGCAAUAAAGGGACUGUGGUGGAGGGAUCUAUUUGAGCCAGGAGUUAAGCAUGCUUUGUUCGUUGGCACUGGAAUUCAAAUACUUCAGCAGUUCUCUGGAAUAAAUGGUGUUCUAUACUACACUCCCCAAAUUCUUAAGCAGGCUGGUGUCGGAGUUCUUCUUUCAGAAUUGCACAUCAGCUCAGAGUCAGUAUCUCUACUUCUUAGUGCCAUCACGACCUUGCUGAUGCUACCCUCCAUUGCUGUUGCUAUGAGGCUCAUGGAUGUAUCUGGCAGAAGGAGCUUGCUCCUGGGUACGAUCCCCAUGCUGAUAGUAUCACUCAUCAUCAUGGUGCUGAGCAAUGUGGUAGAUGCAGGCUCUGCUAUUCAUGCAGUGAUCUGCACCAUCGGUGUCGUCCUUUACAUCUGUUUCUUUGUUAUGGGAUUCGGUCCAGCCCCUAAUGUGCUCUGCGCAGAAAUCUUCCCCACCAGGGUCCGCGGUGUCUGUGUCGCCAUAUGUGGCCUUGCGUUUUGGAUGGGCAAUGUUAUUGUCACCUACUCAUUGCCGUUAAUGCUCAGAUCGGCGGGCCUGGCAAGCAUUUUCGGCAUGUUCACAGUGGUCUGUCUCCUAUCAUGGGCCUUUGUAUUCUUGAAAGUCCCCGAAACCAAGGGCAUGCCCCUUGAAGUGAUCACAGAGUUCUUCUGUCUCGGCAUGAAGCAGACUUUUGCUGUUAAGGACGAGUAAUCCAGUCACUGUAACUGGGGUUGCAGGCAGUUUUGUCCAGAUGUUUUACUUCUUGCUGUUUUGUUGCUCACACUAUUUUGCUACAACUGCUAUUUGUCCGGGGUUGUAAUUAGGGGUUGUUCUUGAACCCCGGCUUAGCAUUGGUUUUGGCUUGAUUUAGCUGGGUUUCGUGGUUCUCAGCAUUUGUGUACUGAUGGACAUCAUGCCGUGUCAGAUAUGUUAAGUAAAGGAAACACGAUUUGAUUUACGAACUUGUGGAUAGUGUCAGAUAUGAUGAGUAAAGGAAACACGAUUUGAUUUA